CGGAACAUGCUGGUCACCACCAUCCCUGAUCCAACAGACCCUUUUAUGCUCGCGCGCCACCUUUGAGACGCCUUUCCAUCUCUCGGACUUGUGUUGACUAUAUUAAUGGCUCAAUCCUUCUACCCCCCGGAGGAGGAGGUCAGCUUCGAAGCACACCACAAGCGGGAUGCUCUAUCAAUACCACACUCCAUCCACGGUGAUGGCCACCACGAUAUGGUGGAUCCCGGAACAGAGCUGGAUAACAAGAGUCGGAACUCCACGAGGCGUCGGAUCCAAGUUGCCUGUAAUCGGUGUCGGAAGAGAAAGAUCAAAUGCAGCGGCGACACGGGCGAUGGGCAGGGGUGCUCCAAUUGCCGCACUUCAGGAAACGCCAAUUGUCAGUUCCUGAGGGUCAAUUCUUCGAUGCUGCAGACAAAAAACGCUGGAUGGUCAUAUGCCACGAAUGCUGCCUUGCCCUCAUCUCAAAGGUCGGGCUUCUAUGCACCGUCCAUGACAACCAAAAUAGGAGGCGCUUCAGCGGGGAAUUCUUCCAGAUUUCGUGUUGCACCGUUUCCGCGGGCAUCUGGCUAUGAGAUGGGAUCCAUCGACGCUCAUGCUUACCACCGGCAAUCCUUUGGCAUCGAUCAUGCCAUGAGCUACGAGGAUGAGCCCUCAGCCUACACAACCCAGUCUUCCGCGUACAUGUUGUCCGGCGCUCCUCAGAACGUAUUUACGGACUACUGUGGGCUUCCUUGGAAUUCAAAGGGCUGGACGCCCAGUGUUCAUGUUGGCAGAAUCCCCAGUGGCACAGUAUUCUCCGACAGCGAAGCCGAACAUGCCCUGACUCUUCCCGCGUUUCCUUACAUGAUCACGGGACACGGAAGUCAAGCAGCCGAUGCGCCUCCAAUCGUACCGACGAUGAGCUUCCCUUCCCCUUCCGCAGAAGGGCAAGGAGCAGAUCGGACUCUCCCCAACCCCAGUCGAAACCCGGCUCCGAUGGGGCUUGGGGGCUUCGCGACGCCGGAAGAAGCCUUCUCUGGGCUUCCACAUGUACAGGGGUACCGGACCAGUAACGACUGGACCCAGAAGAAUCCCACGCUGAAAAGCCUGCGCCCCCCUAUGCAACAGGCAAACGGGGCUUACGGCCACGGCUCCAUGGGUCGGGGCAAACCCAUUCCAUCUCAUGCACAUGAUAUGGUCUUUGGGCUUCUACCGAUGACCUCGGCUGGCGUUUCGUCACCGUUGGUUUCUUCCAGUGGACCGUUUACUGCUACGCUGGACGCGGUCGAUUUGGGUGACGAAUUCCGCGAGAACGGGGACGGUCAACCAACACGGACAUACUCGCAUGACCAUCUCUCCGAUUACGGCUCGGACACGUAUGUGUAUAGCAGCAGCGAACGGAGAGACAAAGGACCCUCGAAAACGGAUGGAUCAGGAUCCAUGCUGAUGAAUGGGCUAACGUAUCUGCGCCCAGAGCCGGGACAUGCGAGCCCCCCGUUGGUCCACAGUCCGGCUUACCGAUCGCUGCCGGAGAUGCACCACACCCCAGUCCCUCCUUUGAACAGCUCCGGCGAGUUCUAAUUAUGGUUGUGGGUGAGGCGUUGAUGCGUUGAUGCGUUGAUGCGUUGAUGCGUUGGUGUCUUUUGCGAUAACCGCCGCCGGGGGGGAUGAUUCUAUCUAGCUCAGGCGAUCCCUGGGCUAAGGCAUGACGCGCCUUGGCGGUGGCAAGCAAUCGCAACAACAGAAACUCCCAACACCAGGCUGGCGGGGGGGGGGGG